AUGGCGACCACUGUCGACAAGAUCAAGCAGAUCGAGGAUGAGAUGGCCAAGACCCAAAAGAACAAGGCCACCUCCUACCAUUUGGGUCAAUUGAAGGCAAAGUUGGCAAAGCUAAAGAGAGAACUCCUGACUCCAUCAUCGAGUGGCGGUGGUGGUGGUGCUGGUUUCGAUGUUGCUAGAACUGGUGUUGCCAUGNGUUUCAUCGGUUUCCCCUCGGUCGGAAAGAGUACCCUGAUGAGUCGAUUGACUGGCCAACAUUCCGAGGCCGCCGCGUACGAAUUCACAACCCUCACCACCGUGCCUGGUCAAGUCAUGUACAACGGCGCAAAGAUUCAGAUUCUCGAUCUGCCUGGUAUCAUUCAAGGUGCCAAGGACGGAAAGGGUCGUGGUCGUCAGGUCAUUGCUGUUGCAAAGACUUGCCAUCUUAUCUUCAUUGUCCUCGACGUCAACAAGCCUCUUACCGACAAGCGCGUUAUCGAGAACGAAUUGGAAGGCUUCGGUAUCAGAAUCAACAAGUCACCACCAAACAUUCACUUCAAGAAGAAGGACAAGGGUGGUAUCAGCAUUACCAAUACCGUUCCCCUCACCCACAUCGACCACGACGAGAUCAAGGCCGUCAUGUCCGAAUACAAAAUCUCUUCUGCCGACAUUGCCAUUCGCUGCGACGCCACUAUCGACGACCUGAUCGAUGUCUUGGAAGCAAAGAGCAGAAGUUACAUUCCUGUCAUCUACGCCCUCAACAAGAUUGAUGCCAUCUCAAUCGAGGAACUCGAUCUGCUAUACCGCAUUCCCAACGCCUGUCCCAUCAGUUCCGAGCACGGCUGGAACGUCGACGAACUACUGGAACAGAUGUGGGAGAAGCUCAACCUGUGCCGAGUCUACACCAAGCCCAAGGGCAAAGCUCCCGAUUACACCGCUCCCGUCGUGUUAAGAGCAAAUGCUCGUACAGUCGAGGACUUCUGUAACGCCAUUCACAAGAGUAUUGUCGAACAAUUCAAGGUCGCCAUUGUCUACGGCAAAUCCGUCAGACAUCAGCCUCAAAGAGUCGGCCUUGCUCACGAGCUUGCCGACGAAGAUGUCUUGACCAUCAUCAAGCGAUAA